UAGUUUUUUUUCUAGUGCGUAAAAACAUCUUAACAGCCGACCAGAAAAAGAACCUUGAUUCUCUGAAAAGAAUUUGAAGAACUGUCCACAUAGGGCAAGGCAGGUGGUAGCGGUAUCUCGGCAACAUCACGUUCGUGGAAGACCUUUACGACUCUUGCGGUACCCCUCUCUGGCACGUCUUCUGUCUUGACCGGGAACCCUUGAAGACAGGGCUGGCUAUCUGAGAAACACCAAGAGUUUACUCCCCAUGAAGGAAGAGCGAGACUUACUCGUGUCUUCGAGUCAUCACGUAUCAACCCCUCGGAUUCACAACUCCGAGAAAUGCAGCUCCCACCCGAGUUCAGUGGUCAUCUCGUGAGAGUGAAAUCGGAACCACCCGAUGUUGCAUGCCUGCCAGAAGAGAGCCAGACACAGCAACAGCAGUGCAACGAGCCUUCACCUGGAGGUGGUGCUGAUGGAGUGACGUCUGGGACAUGUCACAUUAAAGAAGAACCUCGAGAGGAUUCUUCGAAUGAACAUCCAAUCAUAGAAGUCAAGACAGAGCCUUACAACAUUGCAGUCUUGACAGAACAGGACCAGAUGGGACACAGUUGUCAUUCAGCAUCAGAAGAGACCACCUUUAAGGGCCUGCCCAGAGGCACUUGUGAUGAAACAUCUUCAGGUGGUACAUCUACAAGUGCACAGUUCAACAUCGACACAAAAACAGCUGAGCAGCGAUUUAACAACACUGCACUAGUCAUCGAGGACGGUCGACCCACAGAGCGACAUCCAGACCAGACCAAGCCACGUGCACUUGCAUGCAAGUCGAAAGCGAGCCUGAAACGCCACAUGUUAGCACAACAGCGUCACGAGUCCAAAAAGUGUUCCACUAUUCCUCCAUCGGACGCUCAAAUGGGAGAGAAGAGUUUUGGGUGCGACAUUUCUUCAUCUGCAUUCUUGCAGUCUGGAAGUAACAAAUACCAUGUGCCGAAGUGUACCGAGAAGAAGCUGUACAAGUGUGAUCUCUGCCCUGCACAAUUCAGCCGGAGCGGGCACCUACAACGUCACAAGCGAGCACACACAGGCGAGAAGCCAUACAAGUGCAAUGCCUGCACUGCGGAGUUCAGUCGGAGCGAGCACCUACGACGUCACAUGUGGGUGCACCCAGGCGAGAAGCCAUACAAGUGCGAUGUCUGCCCUGCAGAGUUCACUCGGAGCGGGCACCUACAGUACCACAGGCGGAAACACACAGGUGAGAAGCCAUACAAGUGCGAUGUCUGCCAUGCAGAGUUCAGCCUGAGUGGGCACCUACAGCGUCACAAGCGGACACACACGGGCGAGAAGCCAUACAAGUGCGAUGUCUGCCCUGCAGAGUUCAGCAUGAGUGGGCACCUACAGCGUCACAAGCGGACACACACGGGUGAGAAGCCAUACAAGUGCGAUGUCUGCCCUGCAGAGUUCACUCGGAGCGGGCACCUACAGUACCACAGGCGGAAACACACAGGUGAGAAGCCAUACAAGUGCGAUGUCUGCCAUGCAGAGUUCAGCCUGAGUGGGCACCUACAGCGUCACAAACGGACGCACACGGGCGAGAAGCCAUACAAGUGCGAUGUCUGCCCUGCAGAGUUCACUCGGAGCGGGCACCUACAGUACCACAGGCGGAAACACACAGGUGAGAAGCCAUACAAGUGCGAUGUCUGCCAUGCAGAGUUCAGCCUGAGUGGGCACCUACAGCGUCACAAGCGGACACACACGGGCGAGAAGCCAUACAAGUGCGAUGUCUGCCCUGCAGAGUUCAGCAUGAGUGGGCACCUACAGCGUCACAAGCGGACACACACGGGUGAGAAGCCAUACAAGUGCGAUGUCUGCCAUGCAGAGUUCAGCCUGAGUGGGCGCCUACAGCGUCACAAGCAGACACACACGGGCGAGAAGCCAUACAAGUGCGAUGUCUGCCAUGCAGGGUUCAGCAGGGCCACGAACCUACAGCAGCACAUGCGAACACACACGGGCGAGAAGCCAUACAAGUGCGAUGUCUGCCACGCAGAGUUCAGCAGGAGCGGGACCCUACAGCAGCACAAGCAGGUACACACAGGUGAGAAGCCAUAUAAAUGCAAUGUCUGCCCUGCGAAGUUCAGUCAGAGCGGACAGUUAUGGCAUCACAAGCGGACACACACGGGCGAGAAGCCAUACAAGUGCGAUAUCUGCCCUGCGGAGUUCAGCAGGGGUGCGGACCUACAGAAGCACAUGCGGACACACACGGGCGAGAAGCCAUACAAGUGCGAUCUGUGUCCUGCAGUGUUCAGACAGCGCUCAACCUUGUCACGUCACGAGCGGACACAUACGGACGAGAAGCCAUACAAGUGCGAUCUCUGUCCUGGAGUGUUUAGACAGCGCGCAAGCUUGUCACGUCACAAGCGGAGACACACGGAAUAUCACAAGCAGUUGUUCCACUAUUCGUCCAUCGGAUGCUCAAAUGGGAGAGACGAGUUUCGGGUGCGACAUUUCUUCAUCUGCAUUCUUGCAGUCUGGGGGUGACAAGAACCAUGUGCCGAAGUGUACCGAGAAGAAGCUGUACAAGUGUGAUCUCUGCCCUGCAGAAUUCAGCUGGAGCGGGCACCUACAACGUCACAAGCGAGCAGACAGGCGAGAAGCCAUACAAGUGCAAUGCCUGCACUGCGGAGUUCAGUCGGAGCGAGCACCUCCAACAUCACAAGCGAUCACACACAGGCCAGAAUUGUUACAAGAGCGAUGUGUGCCCUGCAGAAUUCAGCCGGAGCGAGCACCUACAACGCUAUAAGCGAGUACACAUGGGCGAGAAGCCAUACAAGUGCAAUGCCUGCACUGCUGAGUUGCAUCUACGGCGUCACAUGUGCGCGCACAUUGGCAAAGAGCCAUACAAAUGCGAUGUCUGCCUCGCAAGUUUUCGCCAGAGCGGGACCCUACAGCUUUAAAAACGGACACACACGGACAUGAAAGCACGAUAUCUGCCCUGCGGAGUUCAGCAAGAGCAAUGGACCAGAGGAAUCACAGGAAGACACACACAGGUGAGAAGCAGCGCACUCUGUUCUGCAAACUUGACGCGGAGCACAAACCUGCUGCUACAAGCGGACGUACAUACGAGGGUGGUUCCUGGUUUGCGCCAUUCCAUCGACUCCUUUUUCGAAAGGGGAUCACAGUAGCGCACCAUAGUCUCAUCCCCUGUGACAAUUGACUUCAAUAUUUUUUCUUCGUUCUCUUGACAGAGCUCCAAAAACUCUUUCACACGUUGUCCAGUCGCGCUUUAAUUUCUUUAGGCGAAAGUUCCUCUUUUGUCAAGAAUUUUAUCACAGCGCGGUACUUGAUUUUUUCUACUUUAACUGAAGAGUGCACCCUGGCUGUUUGAAAUGCCGCUCUCCAACCGACAAAAGCAUGGAGAGGGUUGAGGGUGGUGCUCCGGCCCUCCAACAGAUGGCGCCACGAGUCCUUAAUCGCAUUUUCAAAUUCGCGCACAUUUUCUACCUCGGGCCGGAAACUUAUGGAACCACCCUCGUAUGUGGGCGUGAAAUGAUACCUCUGUUCUGCAGAGUUCGGCAAGAGCACAGACACACGUCAGCCUGAGAAGAAGCUGCUAGCAGAGCACGAGGUAGUUCGGCCAGAGGCCGUACCUCUGGCUUCACACGUGGACCUGGGACAGACUUAGGUUAAAAACUGUAGUGCAGAGUAAAGUGCAGAGGUGACACACUCUUACACACGAACGUGUCCGUCCAGAUGUCAAAUAUGUUCUUUCGCGUGUGCUCAGUCUGGAGACCUAAAGAAGCACGUGGCAAUUCAGAGAGACGAAAGACUAUAGGGAUGCCACCUGUGAAUCUCACUGUGUCUUGUUUCUGUUCGAUUUUUUUGAAACUACCACACGUGGACAGACCGGAGCUGGAUAGCGUAUUCAUGCAUGUGAGAUGAAAAAAAUCCACUGCCAACAAACAAACAAACAAACAAAAAUGGAAACAACAGCCUCAGACGGACUCUG